AAACACAUGCUAACUCUGAAGACGUGUUCAAUAACAGUAGAAAUCAAACACUUGUCAGUUUUUUUCUUUGAAUCGACUGCUCAGYCUUCUAACAUGAAGAAGUUCCGUGUUUUAUAAACAUUUAUAAAAGUCUUCAUKUUCCAGCGUCAUGAAUCGUAAAUCUUUGCCAGGUGAAGAGCAUCAUAGGUAGACGUGUCAACGUUUGGUGUGUUUUGGAGGAAGAACUCCCAUUGGUUCCUCUGCUGUAGACCUGAUGGAGGGACCGCCUCCUGAAGGACCACUGACUGCAGGUGGUCCUGGGAGGCGACACAACGCUGCAGGUAUGGCCCAGGUGAAGGCGGCAGGUGACCUGAGCAGGAGCCCUAAGGAUUACAGCCAGCUUUAUUCUGACAUGGCCACUGUCAGCUCAAGUGCCGAUGUGGGAGAGUCGGGCAGGAAGUCCUGUCAGACCUCCAUGAUCGUGGGUCUGAACAGGCGGACCAGGACCUACCCCUCCCCGGCCCGCAGACGCCACCGCACCACCUUCAGCCACAAGCAGCUGGAGCAGCUGGAGGUGGCCUUUGGUCAGAACCAGUACCCUGACAUCUACUACAGGGAGGAACUGGCCCGGGUCACCAAACUCAACGAGGCUCGCAUCCAGGUUUGGUUCCAGAACAGACGAGCGAAACAGCGGAAGCAGGACCGCCUGUCCCAGAAGACGGUCCCGGUGGGUGCCAUGCCGGGUCACAGGGCUCUGCUGGGGGGGGUGCACGUCCAACCGUCCGCUGUGACCCCACAGUACUACCCCCAGCCCCUGGCCCACAUCCCCCGCUUCCCCUCCAUGCUGCCGUCCGGACCGUACCCCCACCACCCGGGCCCGGUCAGCCGCUGCCCCUGUCCCAGCGUGGCCCCCCAGCCGACCCCCCAGCGCCAGCACGACAACUGGUACGGUCCACUGAGGACGCCCCCCAUGUUCUCUCUGGAACCGGCCUCCCACUGGAGCUAAGAAGGAACCAGGAAGUGUUUUAAUCAGAUUUUAGUUUCUGUGGAGCUGUCRGGUUCUGUUCAGAUAAUUAAAGGUUCUUAAAGUCACAGUGUGCUCAUUACUGACAUCUGGUGGUGAGAAAACAAACAGCAGCUAACAAAACCUCUGCUUUAUUCCUCCUUAUUAGAUGUAGAUCAGUCAAAAAUCAGCUUGGACUUGUUCUAAGAUCAUUUUAAACUAAACUAUAGAAAUAUUUACACACUUAAAUAAAAGACUUAUUAAAUA